UGGACAACCAGUAUAUCUUGUCUUUGUGGUUUACCUCUCACAGUUACCUCAGAUUCUUUUGUCACUUUGUCUGAUUUAAAUAUAUAGUCUCUCUCUCUCUCUUCCAAGAAAAUACUCUCAGCGAACUCAAAGAGGCAAGAGCAGGAAGAAGAAGGAAGAAGACAUGACAGCCGAGGAGACAAUCUCUUACGGAGUUGUUCAGAGCUCGUCAUCAACCCUUGACCAUGAACCCACUAAUACUCCUGCUGUCAAGAAGAAGAGAAACCUCCCCGGCAAUCCAGAUCCCGAAGCAGAGGUCAUAGCCUUGUCACCGAAGACAUUAAUGGCGACAAACCGAUUCCUAUGCGAAAUCUGUGGCAAAGGUUUCCAGAGGGACCAGAACCUGCAACUCCACCGACGAGGACACAACCUCCCAUGGAAGCUGAAGCAGAGAACGACCAAAGAGGUGAGGAAACGCGUUUACGUUUGCCCGGAGAAGACAUGCGUUCACAACCACCCGUCGAGGGCGCUGGGAGACCUGACCGGCAUCAAGAAACACUUUUGUCGGAAACAUGGCGAGAAGAAGUGGAAGUGCGACAAGUGCUCCAAGAGGUACGCCGUCCAGUCUGAUUGGAAGGCUCAUUCCAAGACUUGCGGGACUAGAGAGUAUAGAUGCAACUGCGGUACCAUAUUUUCCAGGAGAGACAGUUUCAUCACUCACAGGGCGUUUUGCGAUGCCUUAGCCGAAGAAACAGCGCGUCUAAACGCAGCCUCCCAUCUCAACAGCCUAACCGCCGCCGCAGAGGCAACCGCCGGAAAUCUCAACUACCAAUACCUCAUGGGCAGACUUUCUCCACCGCCACCGCCGUUCGGACCCCCGCACCCGACAAUCACAAUUACCUCAAUGUCUCAACACCACUUCCCAGCGUCACUCUCCCUCUGGAUGGGAUCCCAUCACCAAGACUUCGACGACCGUAACCAAAUGCCGCCGCCGCUUCAGCCACCGGACCACGACUGGGUUUUCGGCACCGCAAACGCGAAAUCUUGUGCGAGUACAAAUCACGACGGGUUCACAACGAUGAAUGGUAACAUCUCGAGCGGUAACGAUCAUAAAAGCGCGAGCCUUUUCGUUCCAUCUUUAUUCAGCGACCAAACCCAAGCCGCAGACGCAACUAUCUCGGCCGCGAAUAUGUCGGCGACAGCGUUACUUCAGAAAGCGGCUCAGAUCGGCGCGACAUCGACAGACCCAUCAGCCUUUCUCCACAGCUUCGCGUUAAAAACCACCGACCAAAUUACGAAUCAUCAAAAUGGUGAAGAUGGUGGCGAAAAGUUCUUCGCUUUGUUCGGAUCUAACAACGUGGGCAUGGGUAACCUCGGAGGCGAUCAUGAAGUUGGAAACCCUAGAAAUGGCGGCGUUACGGUUUCUGCGUUGGAGGAAUCGCAGAUAUACCCCUGGAAACGUAGGAGAUUGCAAAACGGGGAGAUCACCGUAGGAGGGCAAACCCGGGAUUUCCUCGGGGUCGGUGUUCAAUCGAUGUGCCAUCCAUCGUCUAUCAACGGAUGGAUGUGAUGAUGUAAUAUAUAUAUCAUGCGGCCAAGCUUUUGGCAAAGAAUAAAAAGAACAGUGAAACAAUCUGGUUUUACGAUUACAAAAUA